AUCUCCCGAUUCGUUCCACACAUGCGCGGAAUUAAACAAUAAGUAAUAAAUGUCAGUGUCGCUCUUUUGCAUUUUUAAAAAUGCUUGUGAUAUUAAUUUUGUAUAUUCAAAUACAUUUAACAGUAGCCGGAAGUAUAUAUACAGCGACAACCACAAAGAAGCCAUCAGAUGAACAAGAUUAUACUCGCCAGUCGCACACGAAAUAUCCGUUACUUAUAAAUAUACAGGCGUUUAGGACCUCAAGCGGAAGACAAAGGAAGAUCGCACCGAUGCUAAAGGUGCCACAAAAUCACGAUAUCUUCUUAGAUAUAAGCGAUUCUUUCGUUCAAAGGUUAAAAGAGUCACUAACACAAGGUCUGUCAGAUUCUGUCAAAAACAGAUACAACACGUCAAGAGAAAAAGACAUUAGAGCGAAGCUGUAUAAAAUGACUGUAGAAGAGAAAAAGAGAGCCGAACAAAAAGUACAACUGAUUAACAAACUUUUAAGUCUAUAUAAACACAAGUUGUCGUUGAAAUUGGACUUUAUAGCGCAUUAUUUUAACGUUAAUUUCAUGAAGUUGAGCCAGAGAUAUGAUGAGACAAAGAAAAAUGUUUCUAAUUACAAUCUUUUGCAAGUAUUAAGUUUGUAUACAGAGUUACAUACAUCUAACCAGUUUUUGUCAGAAUUUCUAACAUUGUUACCUUCGGCGAUGAAACUGGAUCCGCCCGACGUUCGAGACUUCAGGCCUCCAAGCAAAAAGGAAGGCAUAUCUUGGUCAUAUUAUGAUGACAGCAUGAGUUUCGCCAUUAAUAGAUGAACUAUUUGUAUAUUUAUUUUUCUCUUUUUUCAUUGACCGAAACUGUAAGUUUCCAAAGUAGUUAUAAUUAAGAAAAAAAAAGUCUUAAUACA